AAUAGGGAUAGAAAGAGUAAUAACAUACGAGGAGUAGAACAGUAGAGGAUGUUGUAUAUCUUUGAUUUUUAUCAAAGAAAAAAAAAAACCUUAAAAAAUGCAGACAAAAUAAAGGCAGGAAAGUGGACAAAAAGAUAGUCGGUAAUAGCGAUGAAGAAGAUGCAACUGAGGAAAAUGCGGUGGAAUUACAAUACAUUAUUAAAAUUAUUAAAAUUAAAAAAAAUAAAAUAAAAUAAAAGAUAGCAUUGUUUCUCUAUCUUAUUCCCUCUCUUUCUGGUAAAGUGUCCCAGCUCACAUCCACAUCCACAUCCAAGAGAAAGAGAGGAGAUCAGGAGAGUGAUUAUCACUACUAUUUUCUCUCUCCUCUCUCUCUUUCUCUCUCUUGCUGGUGAAAUUAAUUCACUAAUUUACACAUUAAAUACGCUUUUCAAGAAUCAUGGAAACUCCCUGAUUCUUUCUCUUUUUUCUUCCUGAUUUCAUUAUCUUCAUUUCUUUCUAAUUCUGCCAUUACCCCACAAUGCCGCUGCAAAUUCCUCUGUCUGAUACCCGAAUUUCUACUGAAUCCCUAUGCCUCAAAAUGGGAGCACUGGCCUUUGAUGCUGAUGAUGUUGGAUCAGAUACUUAUUUUAAAUUGGGUCUGAAAGAAAAUGGAAAAGGAUCAUUGAGAACACCGAGAUUCUUGUCACUUCUAUCUUCUCUUCUCGACAAUUCUGUCCAAAAGAAUGAAACAUUGUUGGAGACAGCACAAAUUGAUGAUGUCCUUACUGUAUUUCAUGGUUUAAGAGCCCCACCUGUCAGCAUACAACAGUAUUUUGACCGAAUGUUCAAGUAUGCAGGGUGUAGUCCAUCCUGUUUCAUCGUGGCAUACAUUUAUGUGGAUAGAUACCUCCAACAAACAAAGACUUACUUAACUUCUCUCAACAUCCACCGGCUUCUAGUUACUAGUCUUAUGGUGGCUGCAAAAUUUGUUGACGACGCAUCCUUUAACAAUGCAUACUAUGCUAAAGUUGGAGGUAUUAGCACUUCAGAAAUAAACAGGUUGGAGAUGAAAUUACUCUUUAGCAUAGAUUUUAGGCUUCAAGUAAACGAAGAUACAUUCAGGAGAUAUUGUUUAUUAUUGGAAAAAGAAGGCGAAGGAUGUCAUAUUGAUUGGUCAGCCAAAGCAUGUUGUGUUAAAGAUAGUUGGUCAAAAAAGGACGAAUACCCACGCAAGACUCCAGUUGCUAGAUGACCACUUGAUCACUACGAUUGUUUCGAUAAGAAGUCUAGGAGUAGAUGCCGUGUCACAACCUGUGUACAGUUAUCGUGCGUUGGCAGCAGAGAAUUAUGUUCGAUCGAUGCCCAGUUAUAUGGAACCUACAUUUGGGUUAUGUUAUUCUCUCUGGUUGUACAAUCACAUUCCAUGUUCAUUUGUAAUUGUUUUAUGAGCACCCCCUCCCCUCAUAUUCUUUUGCUAGUGUUCUUUUAGACGUAGAAGUGUCAAGAGGGCAUGGGUUUGAGUUGUAGAAAAGGCAUUCAUGAAUUUUCAUUGUAUUGAUCAUAUUUCCCGAAUUCUUUUGUGUCUCUAUUAUUGUACAUAGUAAGGGUGUUUGGAGAGCAAUUUCAACAUGAACUGAUAGAUUGGAGCAUGCUGGACCUCCUAUUUUUCAGUUGGGAAGGCUCCAUCGAUUAGAGGUCAUGACCAAAACAAGUGUCCUCAAACUACAGAAGUCUACUUUCCAAAUUAAAUGGUAUUGUAAAAAUAUAUUUAAUGAAGUUUGAAUUACAUCACAAA